AUGGAAAAAUCUUGCGAAUUGGAAAAACGGAUUUUCACUCUGGAGGACAGAAUUCAAGAAGUGCAAGGCAAGUUUGCAGCUUUAGACGUCGAGAUCAUCGACGAACGACAGCGUGGACUUUCGUUGGAAAAAUCAAGUGAGGUUGGAGCUUCUGUUGGGUCAGCUGGAUAUCUACGAAUGAAACCGCUGCAGUUUGAUGGUACAAAGCCUUGGUAG